GCUGCUCGGUGGGUUUCGAGUUCUUGAUGGAAAACCAACAGCUAGCUGGCAACAGCAAACGCAAUUUGUGAGGAACUAUUGAUAAAGUAGCCUUAGUUUUGGACGCAGCACACCAAUUGAAAUUCAACUGCAUUCUGAUAAAAGAGGCAAUGCUUCAUGAAGAGUUCUGGAUACUCAGUGAGUGGUUAGUCCGCCAGGGACAUCAUCAGGCACUGGAGCACAGAUAACACCUCCAAACUUAUAAACCAUGAUCCCCAUCACAGAGCUGCGGUACUUUGUGGACACACAGCCAGCAUACCGCAUCCUGAAACCUUGGUGGGAUGUCUUCACCGACUAUAUCUCCAUUGUCAUGCUCAUGAUUUCUGUUUUUGGGGGAACACUGCAGGUCACCCAGGACAAGAUGAUCUGCUUGCCCUGCAAAUGGGUGGUCAAUGAAACCUGCAAGAAGAACUUCAAUUCAAGCAUCACAUCAUCAGUGCCCAAAGGGAUCCAGUAUGAUUUGGACCGCCACCAGUACAAUUAUGUUGAUGCUGUCUGCUAUGAAAAUACAUUGCACUGGUUUGCCAAGUAUUUCCCCUACCUAGUAUUACUCCACACCCUUAUUUUUCUAGCUUGCAGCAACUUUUGGUUUAAGUUUCCACGGACUAGCUCCAAGCUAGAACACUUUGUAUCUAUCUUGCUAAAAUGCUUCGAUUCUCCGUGGACAACAAGGGCACUAUCAGAGACAGUGGUUGAGGAAAGUGACCCAAAACCAGUGAAAAUGAAUGGCUCAAUGGACCACAAGGAAUCUGUAAUAAGUGAGGAUGUUGAAGCAAGUGUUCCUAUGCUUCAAAGGACAAAAUCACGCUUUGAGCAGGGCAUUGUAGAUAGAACGGAAACAGGAGUUUUAGACAAGAAAGAGGGUGAACAGGCAAAAGCUCUGUUUGAAAAAGUGAAGAAGUUCCGCAUACACGUGGAAGAAGGAGACAUUGUAUACAGACUGUACAUACGCCAGACUAUUAUCAAAGUCAUCAAGUUUAUUUUGAUAAUCUGCUACACAGGGUAUUAUGUGCAUGAUAUUCAAUUUAGUGUUGACUGUUCUGUAAAUAUAGAGAGCCUGACCGGUUACAGCGUGUACCGUUGUGCUCACCCACUCGCUACACUUUUUAAAAUCUUAGCGUGUUUCUACAUUAGUUUAGUGGUGGUGUAUGGUUUGAUCUGCAUGUACACGCUUUGCUGGAUGCUUCGGCGCUCCCUAAAGAAGUACUCCUUUGAGUCAAUCCGGGAAGAGAGCAGCUACAGUGACAUACCCGAUGUGAAGAAUGACUUUGCAUUCAUGUUGCACAUGAUAGAUCAGUAUGAUCCUCUGUACUCAAAACGCUUUGCCGUGUUCCUCUCAGAAGUAAGCGAAAAUAAGCUGAGGCAACUCAACCUCAACAACGAGUGGACACUGGACAAACUCAGGCAGAGGAUAACUAAGAACUCUCAGGAGAAGUUGGAGUUGCACCUUUUCAUGCUUAGUGGCAUUCCAGAUACAGUGUUCGAUCUGAUGGAGUUGGAGGUUCUUAAACUGGAGCUAAUCCCAGAUGUUACCAUUCCCCCAAUCAUUGCUCAGCUGGUUAACCUGCGAGAGAUGUGGCUUUAUCACACCCCAGCCAAAAUAGAAGCUCCAGCUUUGGCUUUUUUGCGUGAAAAUUUAAAGUCUCUGCAUAUCAAGUUCACCGACAUCAAAGAAAUCCCCUUAUGGAUCUACAGUUUGAAGAAUCUCAGUGAGCUUCAUCUGACAGGGAAUCUCAGUGCUGAGAACAACCCUUACAUCGUCAUUGAUGGGCUCCGGGAGCUCAAGAGACUCAAAGUGCUUCGUCUGAAGAGCAAUCUCACCAAGCUACCUCAAGUGGUCACUGAUGUGGGCAUGCACCUCCAGAAAUUGUCCAUCAAUAAUGAAGGAACCAAGCUCAUGGUGCUCAAUAGUCUAAAAAAGAUGGUAAAUCUGACAGAACUAGAGCUUAUUCGCUGUGAUCUUGAACGCAUACCACACUCAAUCUUCAGUUUACACAACUUGCAAGAGAUUGACCUGAAGGAUAACAACCUGAAAACCAUUGAGGAGAUCAUCAGCUUCCAGCAUCUUCAUCGGUUGGUCUGCCUUAAGCUCUGGUACAACCAGAUUGCCUACAUUCCUAUUCAGAUUGGCACCCUGAACAACCUGGAGAAGCUGUACCUGAACAGAAACAAGAUUGAGAAGAUCCCCAGCCAGUUGUUCUAUUGCCGCAAGCUGCGCAUCUUGGAUUUGAGCCAUAACAACCUAAUCUAUAUCCCAACAGAUAUUGGCUUCCUCCAAAAUCUUCAAUACAUGGCAGUGACAGCCAAUAGGAUUGAGAACCUGCCUAAUGAACUGUUCCAGUGCAAGAAGCUUCGCACUUUGAACUUGGGAAACAAUUGCCUGCAGUCUCUACCAUCACGAUUUGGAGAGUUGACUGCAUUGACACAACUAGAGCUUAGAGGAAAUCGCCUAGAGUGUCUGCCGGUGGAACUUGGAGAGUGCCGACAGCUGAAGAGAACUGGUCUUGUGGUGGAAGAGGACUUGUUCAACACACUGCCCACAGAGGUCAAGGAACAGUUGUGGAAAGCAGACAAAGAACAAGCUUAAAAAACAGGUUUGCAUCUGCAAGUACAGAUACUGAUCUACUGGCUCUGGACCUACAAGUUGGUCCCAGAUGCUUGCCAUAACAGGCAGUAUUCCUGCUGCAUUGUGCCGUUUCUAAGUUUGGGCAUCAAGAACCAGUGCCAGAUUGGUAGGACCAAAAUCCUGGCAAUUUCUGGCUGUCUUCUUAGUCUAUUUGAUUUAUUAAUUCCUUCACAAAAAACUUCUCAGGCCUUUACAUUAUAAUUCAGUAAUGAUGCUUUUUAGCAAUAAUGUAGUUUGAAUCUUGUGUUUACAUUUUUAUGCCUCUCGAUUAUGGUAUAGAAGACAGCGUAUGCAACACUCAGAGCCAGUUUUACUAAAAAGAAAAAUACCACUGAUCAAUACUAAAAAAAAUAAGGUUUAAUACAUUAAAAUAUUUUGUCAGGUGUUCCAGUUUGAAGGCACAAUGAGAUGGCAAAAUUACUUCCAAGACAUCUUUAUUUCUGUAUAUAGACGAUAAUCACCUGUUUUGAGUUACAAAGAUACUAUUGAGAGUGAUUUGAUAGUAUGACUUAACAAAACAGUAAUAACUAUAGAUGAGUGGAGUAUGAUUAUACUGAGAGCCUUGUACCUAAAGGUGGUUUACAAAGUGGGAAGAAGAAGGCCAUUGAGGACACGGUUAGUAUUGUAGCGCUAAAGGGCUUUUUGUUGGUUGGUUGGCUGAUCAUCUUUUGAUACUAGAAUAGACAAUUUGGCAGAAUGGAGGGUUCGGUUCCCUCUUUCUAUGGAAAGAUGUGUGUUUGACCUAGUGCUUAAGGAAAAGCAAUUAUUCUGCUGCAUAUCACUUAUUGCACUAGCAUUAAAAUGGCAUUAGUGAAGCUUAUCAGAAUACCCAAACCUUACUGCUAGUAUAUCUUUAAUGGAAAAUAACAUUUUCACAAAAAAGUAUAUAUGUUUGCAAUAACUUGCACAUAACAAAAUAAAAUGCGGGGGAAUGCUUAAAGAUUUUGAAUGAGAUGAGUCAUGUCUGCCUCACAGGAAUUCAGAUUAAGUUUAUACAGAAUGACAGUGGUGAAAUUAAAAUGGAGCCUGAAAGUAUUUGUAAUAUGUCUGUCAAACGUAGAGGCUUAAAUGAGAUUGGGGCUUUUUUUUGUUUUUGUAGCAGAUGUAAAAAGAAUCACUGGUGAUAAGCAAUGAUAGCUCAAUAGCUACAAAUAAGAAAGACCAGACAUGUCAUCAUGUCUUUAAAUGUACUUUUUAAGCACCUAGCCUCAUGUUCAUUUUAGUUUGUUUCUAUAACAUUGUAAUAUUAUAUUUUCUACCCUAAUAGGACUCAAAUUCUGUUACUUUAUUAUUACUGGACUGCAUUAGUGUGCAAUGUUCAGUGAAGAAGCUGCUCACCUAUGUGUGAGAAAACACACAUCCUAAAUGUUAAAUGUUGGAAAUGUUACAUAUUACUCACUGAGGUGAGGAUAAAAGUCUCUUUUACUGUUUUCUGCUGAUAUUAAAAAGCUAGUAGUAAAGAAAUUUGAAAUUUUACUUCUACAGAAUCAAUCUACAUUCCAAUUAAAUGAAAAGAAAAUGAAGUAAAUCUUACAAGUCGAUCAGAUUAGUUGCCUUAUUUUCUCCUCUCAUUGUCAUGCAUUGAUUGUUAUAUUUCUGUUGUCUGGUCAGAUGAAAAUUGUUAGUUUUUCAAAGUGCACCAUAAUAGUCAACCCCAGAUAGC